AUAUUUUCCCAUGUGAAAACCAGAUACUUCAUCCACAUCCGAACGCCUUCUGUCUCUCUUUCUCUUUGUCAGCAAUGUCAACAUGAAUCAUGCGGGGCGUAGAAUCUCUUUGGACUAAGAAAGACUGGUAGGGGAAUCCGACUGUUAUAUAUACAAAAGUUUAAGUACCUUGCCUCUUCUGAAGAAACAGUAUCCGAAUGCUUCCUCUGUUUUUUCUUUAUUCUUCACUCAUUCAUUGCCAAUAUGUAUUCUCAAACACUCUGUACCACAAAACAUGAUCUCAUUUGAUAUUCCCUUAACUUAGUAGUAAGAACUUGAAUUUUCGGGUGAGGAAACUUGAACAAUGGCGGCUGCAGCAUUGGCCGGAGAAGGCUUGGUGCGGUCUGGAAGUAGCAUGAAUUGGCGGGAAACAAGCAUGAAAGACAUGUGGAAUGAUCAGCAAGAUGCAUUCCAGAGGAGUGAGAGGAAGCGGGAGGAGGAGGAGGAGCUGAGGUGGGCUGCAAUAGAGCGGCUGCCCACUUAUGACAGGUUGAAGAAGGGGAUGUUGAGGCAGGUCAUGAGCAAUGGAAGGAUAACGCAUGAUGAGGUUGAUGUUACAAAGCUUGGGGCAGAUGAUAAGAAGAAGUUGAUGGAUAGCAUACUAAAGGUUGUUGAGGAUGAUAAUGAAAAAUUUCUCAGGAAGCUCAGGGACAGGACUGACAGGGUUGGAAUCGAGGUUCCAAAGAUUGAAGUGAGAUUCCAGGAUUUAUCAGUCGAGGGAGAUGCAUAUGUUGGGACCAGAGCACUUCCAACUCUGUACAAUUCCACCUUAAAUGCAAUAGAGGGAGUUCUUGGACUUUGUGGGCUCUCUCCAUCGAAGAAAAGGGUAGUGAAGAUACUUCAAGAUGUGAGUGGAAUAGUGAGACCAGCAAGAAUGACUCUACUUCUUGGACCUCCUGCCUCAGGAAAAACAACAUUUCUAAAGGCACUUUCUGGAAAACUUGAUGAUGAUUUAAGGGUAACAGGAAAAGUUACCUAUUGUGGUCACGAGUUCUUCGAAUUUGUUCCUCAGAGAACUAGUGCAUAUAUUAGCCAGCAUGAUCUUCACUAUGGUGAGAUGACAGUACGCGAGACUCUUGAUUUCUCGGGACAGUGCCUGGGAGUCGGAAGCAGGUAUGAAAUGCUGGCAGAAGCAUCAAGGCGUGAGAAACAAGAAGGCAUACAACCGGAUCCUGAGAUUGAUGCAUUCAUGAAAGCCACAGCAGUGGCUGGCCAGAAAAGUAGUUUGAUGACAGAUUAUGUUCUUAAGAUACUUGGAUUGGAUAUUUGCGCUGAUACUAUGGUGGGUGAUGACAUGAGGCGGGGCAUCUCUGGAGGGCAGAAGAAGCGUGUAACUACUGGGGAAAUGUUAGUUGGGCCAGCAAGAGCCCUUUUCAUGGAUGAAAUAUCAACAGGAUUGGAUAGUUCCACCACAUUUCAAAUCGUCAAGUACAUGAGGCAGAUGGCUCAUAUUAUGGACAUGACAAUGAUCAUUUCUCUCCUGCAGCCUGCACCAGAGACAUUUGACCUCUUUGAUGACAUUAUCCUACUCUCAGAGGGUCAAAUUGUCUAUCAAGGUUCCCGUGACAAUGUUCUUGAAUUUUUUGAACAUAUGGGCUUCAAAUGCCCAAAGAGGAAAGGUGUUGCAGACUUUUUGCAAGAAGUAACUUCCAAGAAGGAUCAAGAACAAUACUGGUUUAAAAGGAAUCAACCUUACAAGUAUAUCUCCGUACCCGAGUUUGCUCAAACCUUCAACUCCUUUUAUAUUAGUCAAAGGCUUUCUGAAGAGCUAAGAGUCCCUUAUGAUAAGUCUAGUACCCAUCCAGGUGCUUUGGUGAGAGAAAAGUACGGAAUAUCUAAUUGGGAACUCUUCAAGGCAUGCUUCUCAAGGGAAUGGCUACUGAUGAAGCGCAAUUCAUUUGUAUACAUAUUCAAGACCACCCAGAUAACAAUCAUGGCUGUAAUCGCAUUGACUGUGUUCUUAAGAACAGAAAUGAAAGCUGGUCAAAUACAAGAUGCAGCAAAAUUUUGGGGUGCAUUGUUUUUCAGUCUCAUCAAUGUCAUGUUUAAUGGAAUGGCAGAGCUUUCCAUGACAGUUUUCAGGCUUCCUGUGUUCUAUAAACAGAGAGAUGCCUUGUUCUAUCCAGGGUGGGCUUUCGGGUUGCCCCUUUGGAUCCUCAGAAUUCCCAUUUCAGUAAUGGAGUCAGGCAUUUGGAUCAUUCUUACUUAUUACUCCAUUGGUUUUGCACCUGCUGCAAGUAGGUUUUUCAAACAAUUCUUGGCUUUCUUUGGAGUGCAUCAGAUGGCUCUCUCCCUCUUCCGUUUCAUUGCAGCUGUUGGAAGAACAGAAGUUGUUGCACAAACAAUUGGAACAUUUACCUUGCUACUGGUCUUUGUGCUUGGAGGUUUUAUAGUUGCCAAAGGUGACAUUAAACCAUGGAUGAUCUGGGGCUACUAUAUUUCUCCUAUGAUGUAUGGGCAAAAUGCCAUUGCCAUUAAUGAGUUUCUAGACAAAAGAUGGAGCAGCCCCAUAACUGGUUCUAGCCAACCUACAGUUGGAAAGACCCUCCUUAAGGAAAGAGGACUGUUUGUAGACGAAUAUUGGUAUUGGAUUUGCAUUGGAGCACUCCUUGGAUAUUCUCUUCUCUUUAACGUUCUUUUCAUUGCAGCACUAACAUUUUUGAAGCCACUUGGUGAUUCUAAAGCGGUAAUUUCGGACAACCACUCUGAUCUCACUACUAAAAAGCAGUUGACAUCCAAUUCAGAAGGCACUGAUACUCCGGUGAGGAAUACCAGAGAGCCUACAAGCUCAAGCAUGAGUUCUUCAAAUACUGAAACUCGAAGAGGAAUGGUGUUGCCCUUCCAGCCCCUUUCACUUGCUUUUGACCAUGUUAACUACUAUGUGGAUAUGCCUGCUGAAAUGAAGAGUCAAGGGAUUCAAGAGAGCAGAUUACAACUGCUACGAGAUGUCAGUGGUGCUUUCAGACCAGGUGUCUUAACAGCUUUAGUAGGAGUCAGUGGUGCUGGAAAGACAACCUUGAUGGAUGUUUUAUCAGGAAGGAAGACUGGUGGGUACAUUGAGGGUAGUAUAAGCAUUUCUGGCUACCCAAAAAACCAAGCUACAUUUGCUCGAGUUAGUGGUUAUUGUGAACAAAAUGACAUCCAUUCUCCUUAUGUGACUGUCUAUGAAUCCCUUUUGUACUCUGCAUGGUUGCGUCUUGCUUCAGAUGUAAAGAAGGAAACACGAAAGAUGUUUGUUGAAGAAGUCAUGGAACUAGUUGAGCUUAACCCACUGAGGAAUGCUUUAGUCGGACUUCCAGGAGUAGAUGGUCUUUCAACUGAACAGCGAAAGAGGCUCACAAUAGCUGUAGAGUUGGUAGCCAAUCCCUCCAUAAUCUGUAUGGAUGAACCUACAUCAGGCCUUGAUGCUAGAGCCGCUGCAAUUGUUAUGCGUGCUGUAAGGAACACAGUAGAUACUGGCCGGACUGUGGUGUGCACAAUCCACCAACCAAGCAUACAUAUCUUUGAAGCUUUUGAUGAGCUACUUUUGAUGAAAAGAGGAGGAAAAGUUAUUUAUGCUGGACCCCUAGGUUCUCAUUCUCACAAACUUGUUGAGUAUUUUGAGAGUAUUCCAGGGGUUCAAAAAAUAAAAGACGGGUACAAUCCUGCCACAUGGAUGUUAGAAAUCAGCUCCACUGCAGUUGAGACUCAACUCCACAUUGAUUUUGCAGAAGUUUACGCCAAUUCGGACCUCUAUAGGAGAAAUCAGGACCUCAUCAGGCAGCUAAGCACUCCACAACCAGGUUCCAAGGAUCUCUACUUCCCAACCCGCUACUCACAAAGUUUCUUAAUUCAGUGCAAGGCUUGCUUCUGGAAACAACACUGGUCUUACUGGAGGAAUUCGCAAUACAAUGCAAUCCGAUUUUUCAUGACAAUUGUUAUUGGUAUCUUAUUUGGUGUAAUCUUUUGGGGAAAAGGAGACAAGAUACACAAACAACAAGACUUGAUUAACCUGUUGGGAGCAACUUAUGCCGCUGUUCUUUUCCUCGGAGCCUCCAAUGCUUCUGCAGUGCAAUCUGUAGUGGCAACUGAGAGAACAGUAUUCUAUCGUGAACGGGCAGCAGGAAUGUAUUCCGAGUUGCCUUAUGCCUUUGCUCAGGUGGCUAUAGAAACAAUUUACGUUACAAUACAGACCUUCAUCUAUACUCUUCUGCUAUAUUCCAUGAUUGGAUACCAGUGGAAGGUGGUCAAGUUCCUGUACUUCUAUUACUUCAUAUUCAUGUGCUUCACAUACUUUUCAAUGUACGGUAUGAUGGUGGUUGCGCUAACUCCUGGCCACCAGAUUGCUGCCAUUGUUAUGUCCUUCUUCCUGAGCUUUUGGAACUUGUUUUCUGGUUUCCUCAUUCCUAGACCGCUAAUCCCAAUAUGGUGGAGGUGGUACUACUGGUGUUCCCCAGUCGCUUGGACAAUCUAUGGCAUUUUCACAUCUCAAGUUGGUGAUUAUAAGAGUUUACUCGAAAUUCCGGGUGCAGCACCAAAGGCAGUUGAUGCAUUCCUUAAGGAGUAUUUAGGCUAUGACUAUGACUUUCUUGUACCAGUAGUCCUUGCUCAUGUUGGUUGGGUGCUCCUCUUCUUCUUUGUAUUUGCCUAUGGUAUCAAGUUCCUCAACUUCCAAAGGAGAUGAGAAACUUCCAUGUCUUUUGAAAAUUAGAUCUAGAGAUAACACAGCUACUUGUAUUCAUCAAAGGGAUCUGAAAUCUUGUGCUAUAGUUUCUCCUCGUGUUUUGUUUGAAUCAAUUUUUUUUUGUCUAGAACUGUGCAUGCCAAA